AUGACCAGCGGUAGAGGUACGAGAAGGUCAGCUCGUAUUGUGCAUAAGGAUACGAGCAUAUACAAAGAUGACAGCGAUUCAGAGGACUCGGAUACAGGUGUUAAUGAAAGUGAUGAUGAGUACAUGGCGGCAACAGAUGCAAAUAAGAAACGUAGCAAAGGACCUACAAACUCAAGAAAAAAAAGUAAGACAUCCAGAAAGAUUGGUCCUAAAUCAGUCGAGGAGUUGGGGCCAGACUUUGAGGAGAAUGUACUAUACAAGGCAUUGUCGAAACCAGAUUUGUCUACACAAGAGCUCGCUUUAGAAUGGAUCGAGGAAUACGUUGAGAAUGAGGAAAAUAAUAAGGAUAGCGAGCUGAUUGCAGCGUUGGUGAAUUUGCUAUUACGAAGCUGUGGAUGUAUCUACCUUUUGCAACCUCAUGACUUGGUUAAUUUGGAAUCGGCGGCGGAGACGGUAGGUGAAUUGACAAUAGCUUUUGAAAAGCAGCAAUACCAUGAGUAUCCGUUCAUUUCGAACAACAAAGACUUGAAGUUUUUCAGGAAGAAUGUUUGUGAGUUCUUUGAAGAUUUGAUCUAUCUUGCUCAUGAGAAAGGGUUAUUAUAUCGAGCCAGCCAAGAUGACGAAGAAGACGAUAGUGAUGGUGAAGAAGAAACACUAUUGGCCGCACCUUUGAUGAACAAAAUUUUGACCUGGCUUACGUCGCUCAGUUCAUGUACUGUCAGACCUUUGAGGCAUAUUUCCACAACCAUACUUUUGACAAUUCAAACCAAAUUAUGUGACAUUGUUGUGACAAUAACAACGACAUUAGAGAAGUACCAACGACAAUUGUCUAACAUCACUAAUAAUUCUAAACAUAAAGGUAAUAAGAAGCCUCGAAAUAGCAAAGCCGAUGCUAUAUCUAAAAAUAUUCAUAUUUAUCAUAAUCAGAAAGAAACUAUCUAUGAAUAUUUCGGAGAGAUAACUGAAACGACAUUCAUUCACAGAUAUAGGGAUGUUGAUGCAUCAAUUAGACAGGAGUGUUUAAGGCAAUUAGGUCAAUGGAUGACUACAUACCCUGACUUUUUCUUUCAGUCGUCGUAUUUACGUUAUUUCGGUUGGUUAUUAUCAGAUCCUUCCAAUCAUGUAAGAGCUGAGGUUACUAAGGUUUUACUUAAAUUAUAUAAGAAUGCAUCGAAUGGAAAUCAAAAUAUGAGUAUCGGUUUCAGGCAAUUUACUGAACGAUUCAAGAAGCAAUUGAUUAAUAUGAGCAGGAAGGACAAUGAUUUUAAUGUCAAGCAUAAUCUAAUUAGUAUAUGCUGUGAAUUACUGAAAAUAGGCUUUCUCGAAGAAAGCGAUAAUUUACAAAUCUCCCAAAUAUUUUAUUACUUGCUUGAUUAUGGAUCUGGAUUUGGCCAAUCGUCUGAUGAAAAAUUGAAAAUGGAGUUGAGCAGAUUCAUAAAUCUUGUGAACUUAGAAAGCACCAAAGUCGAAUUAGAAAAGUACUCUAUUUUUACCGAAAAUUAUGAAUCCCCACAAUUUGGGAGUGAACAUGGUAAGCUAGAUAUUAAUGAUUGUUUGAGAACGAAAAACCUAAUUAAAUUUUUAAAAAACUCAUACGAUAGCUAUUUAAAGAAUAAACCCACGAUUGAAUCGGAGCUUCCAAGUACUCGAAAUUUUACGCCAAUAGCGACAGUCUUCAAGUCACUCUAUCGUUUGCCAUCUUACGCAAAGUCUUGGGAAUUUUUAGUUCGAUAUUUAUUGUUUGACUUAUCGUCCAUUACCUUUCAUCCCAAACUGGGGAAUAUUGAAGAAGAAAAUGUGGAAGUUACUAAUUUCAAGAAAUUAUUAGAACUUUCUGGGGAAACUGACUACUACUAUCUAUUAAAUUUCAUCAACGGAUCUAUUUCUUCGAUUUUGUCCUCGAAUAUUAAAAGAGGCAAGGACGAAGCCGAAAAUGAAGAAAAUCACACGUCUGUAUUGAUCAAAUUAAUCGAUUAUUUACCGGCUAUUCAGAAGUCACUGAAUAAAUCGAACAAUCAGUUUUUGAUUUUCUUGGAUUUAUGGAAUGUAUUAAUAGUUUCAUUUUCCCAUAGUGAUAACAUUUAUACAAUGUUCCAAAGUAUGGGACAAUUGAAUGUUUACAAUGAUAUUACUUCGAAAAUCAUAAGUUUUUAUCAAUCUUAUGAAUCCACAGACUUUGAAAAUGAUAUUAUUUUGCAAGUAUUUGAUGAAUAUUUCAAUAAGUUGUUGAUCAAUUAUGAUAAUCAUACGUCACCCACGCAAUCUAUUAAUAGCAGUGCCCCAUCAAAUAUCAUGAAUACCGAUAUUAGGUUGAAGAUUCAAAAUUUAUUGCAAGAGUUAAUUGCAGAAUUGAAAGAAAUUUAUAACUCCAAUACUCUACUAACAGAAUUGGGUGAUCAAGAAGCUUAUAAUGAUGAAUUAAAAACUCAAAAAUUUGUUAUUGAUACUUUGAUUAACGCAUCCAACCCAUUAGCAAAACUCGGAAAAUUAGGAAAUUAUAUCAACAUUAACGAGUAUAUUAAUAACUCGUCUGGCAAUUCAUCUUCUUCAAUCGUUGAAUUAAUGACCUGGAAAGUUCUCGAUAGGCUAGACAUAGAAAAAAUGAUAGAUCAAUGGUCAAACAGUUUCCUACAAACAAUUGAUAAAUUUAUUGAUUCAUAUAAAGUUACUUUAGAUUUUAUAUUGGUAUGGAAUUCUUGGAAAUUGGAGACAUUAAUUUAUGUCCCUGCCUAUGAAGACAAUAAUUCACAACACCAUUAUGAUAUUGAAUUGAUAUUUGAUGAUGUGGUUUCUGUUCUAAAGGCAAACUUCAAGAUUUUUCAAUCAUUUUUCAGCUCGAUCGAUGGUAUUUAUGAAACAUGCUCAUCCUCGUCCUCCAUUUCCAAUGAAAAUGCCUAUCUAAUGAUUGAAAAAUUAAAUUCGUUGAAAACGUUACUUGGAGCCAAAAUAAUUGAUAUAAUUGUCUCUAUGAAGGUGUUUUAUAUGAAGUUUAACAACAAUAAUAACUUCAAGAAUUUCAAUAGAUUUUUUAAUGAAACUGAUGGCAUGGGGAAGUAUAUUAGUAAAACUAUUCCUGUUAGAUUUCAGAACGAAUUACUUAAUAUUUUCCUUUACAAAGAAUCCAAAUUAGCUAAUCUUAUUGAUGUUGAAUUAGAUAGAACAGAUGAAGAAGAUGUAAAUUUUGAAGAAUUUCAUAAUUUGAAUAAAGAAAAAGAAAAAGAAAAUAGAAGAGGGUUUGAUUCCGACGGUGACGAUGCCGACGAUGGAUAUGCCAGUGACGAGGAUGGUGAAAACGAGGAAAAGAUCAAAGCUAAAGCAAAACUUGAUCAAUUAAAGAAACAACAGAAGAAGGAGAGUGAAAUAUGGCUCGCGGAAAAGGAUUUGUGUGUUUUUACAGUCAAAUUGUUUACAUUGAUACACUUAUCAAUGGUUAAUGAUUUUGUUUUAAGUCGGUUGAGCUUGAAUAGUGAAAAGAUAGGUGGUUUAUACUAUAAACUUUUGAAACUGAAUGAAGAACAGAUGAAUAUCUUGCAAAAUGGUGGACAAAAAACUUCAAAAGAUAAUACAGUUGCUGAGAAGGAAAAUACUCUUUUGACAACUUCUACCAAUGUCUCAGAAAUCGACUUGGAUCUUGAUAUGGAUGAAGAUAGUCAAUCUCAAAUAGUCUCAUGA